AACUCACUAUAUUCUAUUCGAUAUCGAUAAAUAAAUAUAUGAAUUUUGUGUAUUUCUCUGGCUGAAUACUAAAUACGAAAUAAAAAAUGUCUGAUUCACUUGCAGUUAUGCCAAUGAACGGACAGGCGGCGGGCCCCAAUGGCGUUAAGCGGCGUGAGAACGAUGAUUUCUCGGUGAAGCUAUCGACCAUUCGAAUCUGGAUACACGAAAAGGACAUUGCCAAGCUGACACGCAUUCUGUGGGCGGGCCAGGGACAACGUCUCUGCCAGCAGGCCAGCAACAAUGGGCGUGUCAAGCGAUUCCUUGCCGCUGUGCCCCAUGUUAUGAAUGCUAGCAAGGAUCUGCAUCAGGCGGUGAUUGACAACAAUCUGGAGACACUGCAAUCGCAGCUGGAGCCUCCGGUGCCUGCUGCGCUCGUGACAGCCAAGGAUGGCAACGGUUUGAAUGUCAUACACAAGGCCGCGGGCCUCGGACAUACGAAGAUCUUGGAGUAUCUCAUCGGGCUGUGGCCGGAGGGGGCACACGAGAUCGAUAUUACGGGCAAGACACCGCUGCAUUGGGCGGCCAGUGCCAAGAACAAUAUGCGCUGCUAUACGCUGCUCACCCAGGCGGGCUGCGAUGAGGAGGCCUUGGAUUACAAAAUGAAGACGCCCGUCUACUAUCGCCACAAGCCGCACGAAAUCGAGCGAGCGUUCCUUGUCUAUGUGCCCGAGGCGCCGCGCAUCUCCCCCGACAGCGUCACCGAUUGGGAGGCGCUCAGCGAUGAGGGUAACGACAGCAGCGUUGGCGGCGACGCCAGUCGAAGCAGCAGCAAACAGAGCAAGAAGUUGAACAUUAAACCGACGGCCGCUGUAAAUGGUCGUAAAUCGUUGGAUGACAGUGCCGAGAACACCUCGGAAUUGGACACGAAUGAUGGUACAAGUGCCAAUGAGGAUGAUGAUUUGUCCAAGGCGGAUACGGAAGUGGAACCGUUGCCAUCGCAGCAGCGUCGACCGGAAACGCCAGCUGCAUUGGCCGCUGCUGGCGAUACCGAAAGCGAAGCUGAGAAUAUUGCAAGAGCUGUAAGCGAUGAUGAUGAUAAGAUUGAGGCAGAGCCAGCAGCUGAGGAGAACCCAACGGAGGCGGAAGCGGAAACGGAGACAGAGAUGGAGAAUGGCACAGCAACUGAAGAGGCCGAAGAGACAAACGGAGAAUUGGCUGAGAAUGAGAUUGAUGACAAUGUUGAUGAUGAUGUUGAUGCUGAGAGUGAGCAAAAUGCAACUGAAAAGACUGAAGCAAUUGAGAACGAUGUGGAAACAGUAGCCGAGGCAGAACCCGAACCCGAAUCAGAACCAGAACCUGAGAUUGAAAAAGAAAAGCAAGCGGAGACGGAAGCAGAAGUGCAGCUGACAAACGGCGACGAAGCUGAGGAAAAUGUGGAGCAAGAGAAAGCUGCUGAUGACGAGGAUGAAGAGGACGAUGAUGAGGUACAGAUUGGCAUGCUUUAAGUAGCCAAUGUUUGUGCGAUCAAUCGAUUCGAUUGAUGUUGUUUUUGUGGCGUUUUGCUCAAUGAAUGUGAAUCUGUAAAAAUCUCAAAACCAAAACCUAACAAAAAAAAAAAUAAUAAAAAUAAUGUCAGCUGCAGGCACUCAAA